GACACAGAGCUCUCAGUGUAGGGAGAAACAGGGACGAGAUGUAGUAGGAAACUUGGUUUCUAUGAAAUUUAGUCAUAUUUAUUAAAAAAAUAUAUAUAAAAAAAUAACAAAGAAUCAUCAAAAUCCCUCUUAAGUUAAUAGGCUGCCCAUAGGAUUUUUUUUUAGAUUUAUUUCAGUUUAUUGAAGGGCAUCUUACACUCACUAUUCUGACACUUUUGUAAAGAUGUGUGAGGCAGUUAGUUAGCAAGCUAGCUAGCUAAGGCGGCAGGAGGAGAACAAAAGAUUUUUUUUUCUCAGUUUUGACCGGUUGCACUGACACCAAGUCCAUGCAGAACGUGUCAUCACCAACACAAUGCCCGUGUUACUUUUUCUGAUAGACACGUCCGCGUCAAUGAACCAGCGCACCCAUCUGGGCACUACCUAUCUGGACAUUGCAAAAGGCGCUGUUGAGACUUUCAUGAAGCUUAGAGGCAGAGAUCCGGCGAGCCGAGGGGACCGGUAUAUGUUGAUAAAUUUUGAGGACGUUCCCCUCGGAAUCAAGGCUGGAUGGAAAGAGAGCCAUGCCACAUUCAUGACAGAGCUGAGGAACCUUCAAGCAGCAGGACUCACAACUAUUGGCCAGUCUUUGAGGACCGCUUUUGAUUUGCUCAAUCUCAAUAGAUUAGUGUCUGGGAUAGACAACUAUGGACAGGGCAGGAAUCCCUUUUUCCUGGAGCCGUCCAUCAUAGUGGCCAUAACCGACGGCAACAAGCUGACCAGCAGUGGCGGAGUCCAGGAUGAGCUCCACCUUCCCCUGACCACUCCUCUGCCGGGCAGUGAGCUGACCAAGGAGCCGUUUCGCUGGGACCAGCGUCUGUUCUCCCUGGUGCUGAGGAUCCCCGGACACGCCACUGUCGAGCCUGAACCACUAGGGGGGGUCCCACCCGACGACUCGGCCAUCACCCCCAUGUGUGAGGUCACCGGAGGUCGCUCCUACAGUGUGUUCUCCCAGCGCAUGUUGAACCAGUGUCUGGAGUCUCUACUGCAGAAGAUCCAGAGUGGAGUGGUCAUCAACUUUGAGAAGACGGGCCCGGACCCCCCUCCUGGAGAGGAUGAGAUCCUGAAGCCCGGCCCCCAGUCCUGGCACUGCUGCCACAAGCUGAUCUACGUACGACCCAACCCCAAGACUGGUGUGCCCAUCGGACACUGGCCCAUUCCUGAAGGCUUCUGGCCCGACACUAACUCCCCUACACUGCCCCCUCGCUCGGCCCACCCCCACGUGCGUUUCUCCUGCCUGGACUCGGAGCCCAUGGUGAUUGACAAGGUUCCCUUUGACAAAUACGAGCUGGAGCCUUCACCUCUCACACAGUACAUCCUGGAGAGGAAGUCCCCUCACACCUGCUGGCAGGUGUUUGUAAGUAACAGUGCCAAGUACAGUGACCUGGGCCAGCCCUUUGGCUACCUGAAAGCCAGCACGGCUCUCAACUGUGUCAACCUCUUCGUCAUGCCCUACAACUACCCUGUUGUGCUGCCUCUACUGGAUGACUUGAUCCGGGUGCACAAGUUCAAGCCCACCAUUAAAUGGCGUCAGUCAUUUGAGAACUACCUGAAGACCAUGCCUCCCUAUUACAUCGGGUCCCUCCGGAAGGCGCUAAGGAUCAUGGGAGCUCCUAACCUCCUGGCUGAUAACAUGGAGUAUGGUCUGAGUUACAGUGUGGUGUCCUACCUCAAGAAGCUCAGCCAGCAGACCAAGAUAGAAUACGAGCGGCUGAUAGCAUCUGUAGCCAAGAAGGUGGUAACGGAGGGUGGCAUCAAGGUGCGUGACCGCGGUGGGGACAUCUCCCUGGCCCAGCGCAGAGACUUCACUCAGCUUCUGGCCAGCAUCACAGGAGAGACGGCCGCCCUGCCCUUGGAGCUCAACUCUAAAGAGUUCUCUGGCUUUCAGCUGGCUCCUCUCAACAAGAGUCUGAAACCUCAGGGUUUCCGGAACGCCUACGACAUUCCCAGAAUGCACCUCCUGGAUCAGCUGAGCCGCAUGAGGAGGAACCUGCUCAGCACCACCUGUCUGCUCCGAGGACAGGACACAGACCAGCUCCACAGUGUGCCCAUCGCCCAGAUGGGGAACUACCAGGACUUCCUCAAGGCCCUUCCCCAACCCCUCAGAGACGCAGACCCUGAACAGCCCAAACGCCUGCACACCUUCGGAAACCCCUUCAAACUGGACAAAAAGGGGAUGAUGAUUGACGAGGCCGAUGAGUUUGUGACGGGUCCCCAGAACAAGGGCAAGCGUCCGGGGAGUGACACCAACAUGCACGGGAUCGGGGGUGGGGGUCCUAAGAGACGGCGGUGCAUGUCCCCUCUACUGCGCCCCGGCAGAGCCUAUUCGCCCCCCGUCAGCCCUGCAGCCAGCCCCUUCAGACCCCCCCUCACUGAGAGCGACCAGAGUGAGUCAGACUCAGAGGCUGUGUUUGGGAACCUCUACAACCCAGAGACGUGUGAGACCGGGAUAACGGUCCAACCAGGAGAGAUCCUCUCUGUACCCCUUCUAGACGUCCCCGGCCCAGGGAACCGCGUGGAGGACGAUGCUGAUGGGGACAUCGAGGAGGAGAACGGGCUUCCCAGGGAGGUGGAGCUCUCAGAGGGCAGUGAGGAUGGAGGAGAGACGGGGGGUGUGGUGGAGGAGCAGCGCCCGGCCCGGUACCCCUCCCCCGGGGAGCUAAAGAAGGUGAUGAACAGCGAGAGUCUGGAGGUCAACACCGAACUACGAGCCCUCAUCACCAAGGAGAUACGGAAACCCGGGAGACACUAUGAAAAAAUCUUCUAUUUCCUGAAGCAGAUCCAAGGAAGCUUUGACACACGGUUGAUAUUCCUCCAGAACAUUAUAAAAGAGGCUGCAAGGUUCAAGAAGCGGGUGCUGAUAGAACAGCUGGAGAACUUUCUAGAAGAGAUCCAUAACAGGGCCAACAAUAUGAACCAUCUGGACGGGUUCUAAUGGACAACUCUUCACUCCCCAGCCCCUCAGACCUAAGCCCUCCUCCCCACUCCACCCUCAACCUGUAGCCCUUAACCCAGGCUGAAAUUGUCCUAUAGAGAAGGGGAAUAUACAGUGUAUUAACUAACCCAAGCAAUGAAAUUAGUGCUGGUUGGCCUGUCUGUCUCUGUCAGUGUAUACUGUGUGACGUGUGUCUCAUCAGUGAUGGUAUGGUGAACUGAUAUCGCUAAGGGAAGGGGGUCCAAAUUAGAUUGUAAAAAGUUUCCAACAACCUCAGGGCCGAAAGAGGAACACUGAUGUUUUGGGUCUCAAAUGAAUCUUUAGGUGGCUUCAUGUUUUUUUUCCAUUCUUUCUUUCUAGUCAUCGCCCUCUCUCUUUCUAGUCAUCGCCCUCUCUCUUUCUAGUCAUCGCCCUCUCUCUUUCUAGUCAUCGCCCUCUCUCUUUCUAGUCAUCGCCCUCUCUCUUUCUAGUCAUC